AUGGACAAGCAAAGCAUCCAAGGCGUCCCCGAAUCCACCGCCGCUCGCCCCGUUGAAGAGGCAGCACCCGCCACCAAUCAGCCCAAGGCAGACAACUCCCGCCGUGCAGUUGGAACUUUCUGCGAUCAGGUGCUCUUGACAACACGCGAGAUGCACGAUGCGCUCAAUAUUGUCAGUGAGCAACUGCGCUUGCUGAUGCAGGAGGUGCAAGAGCUACAGGAGAAAACGGGUUCCUAG